UCAUAAUAAAAAAAAGCCUCAGACUGCAGCGCCCUCUUAAGGACGAUCGAGCUGAACUGCAGUUUCCGGUUGAUGAUGAUGACAGGCGAUCGCGCGCCAACAGCCCAGCAGUUCUGAGGGCAUGCUACAACAACCUCACUAACUUUCCUCAAAGACAAGAGUCAGGAUGCUACAGUGAGGUGAAUAUCUUAGUUCUCUGUGAGGUCACUAUCAAAUCUGUCGCUAUGAAACUGCGGCGCAAAACAGCCCUGAGAGGUCGACAGCAACAGCAAGAACAUGAGAAGGUCUCCGAAUGCAUCUCUGUGGUGUUGAGGGACUCUGACUCUAGCCAAUCAGACAGUGUUGAAGAAAUAAAGAAAUCUGUUCCUAUGAAACUGCGGCGCAAAACAGCCCUGAGAGGUCGACGGCAACAGCGAGAACAUGAGGUCUCCGAGAGCAUCUCUGUGGUGUUAAAUGACACCGACUCUAGCCAAUCAAAUAGUGUUGAAGAAAUAAAGAAAUCUGUCUCUAUGAAACUGCGGCGCAAAACAGCCCUGAGAGGUCGACAGCAACAGGGAGAACAUGAGAAGGUCUACGAGAGCAUCUCUGUGGUGUUAAAUGACACCGACUCUAGCCAAUCAAACAGUGUUGAAGAAAUAAAAGACUAUGUGUCUGUUAUUCAUGAUAUGAAGCGUCCGAUAAAGAAGAGUAGAGCUGGUGCAUCAUGCCGAUUGAGUAAAGAAGACGAGAGGGCGCUUUCCAUUGUGAAACCGCAAUAUGGAGCCGUUCAGAAGAUCACCCUGGCUCCAGGUGCAAUGGCUGAGGACACUCUAGGAAAGCUAAGGGUGAUGGCUAACACCUCUGACUCUGAGCUGAGGCCGAGAAGCUCUGCUGAAUCUCGAGAAGAGUCUGUAUUGGACGAAUCCAACACUGAUCUCAUGGUGGAAUCGGGUCCCAGCUCGCCCUGUCAUCCUGUUGAUACCAUAAGAUGCAAAGAAUGCGAGAGUCUUUUCGCCAAGAUGAGAAGACAGCCGACCCUAAAAGAGAAAAGCAGAGAUAGGAAUCCAGAGUCUUUAUCUUGUGAUGAGUGGAUUCUGCUUAAGAAGUGGCACCCCCAAAGACCCCGUCGGGAGAAGGGAUUAUUGUGGAAAAGCCUGAGUCACAUCAGGAAGCUGUCAGCACAAAGCUCAGAUUCUGCAGUCUUCAACAGAACUCAAGUGAACUGCUCCAGACCUCAUGUGUUUCAGCAGAGAAGUCUGCGUCGCUGCAAGUAUCUGACCUGCAUUCAGACUGACCUGUCCAUCACCAAAGCAAAGCCACGUCAUCGUAAGAGGCCUCGAGCUGUGCUCUGGCCACCCGUUGGAGGGUGGAAAUCUUCGGUGAAAAGAAAGUCUUCCAUGAAUGACACAUUAUCUCAGCAGCUUUAUCCACUCGACCUCAGUGUCAGCGUGACACAGGACGACAAACUGAUUGUAGAUGACCAGAUUUCAAGAUUAAAUGCAGAUCACAAGCAGAACUCAGAUGCCCCCAGCAAACAGAGGAGGACUUUUGUCCAGGGCAAAUUGAACAAGCAGGACGCGUCUGAUGGCAUAGACGUAACGCGGCGGGUGCUGAAGUUUGAUGACACGCCUGAAACUGUUGCUGUGGAAACUGCGGAACAAAGGAAAAGCCCUCGGCGGCGGCAGCAGGAACGUGGAGAGAGUCGUGAAGCCCAGAAUGUUUUCCAGCAUGAGCAGCGGGAAGAGUUGUUUGAGGAUUCGGAAGGGUUCAGGACGCCCACAGAUCUCUUCAACGUGAAGCCUAAGAUUAAACGAGGGAACCAGAAGAAAGUCUCUGCCUCUGGUGAUACAAAACCUGCCGUACGGAAGCCAAACUUCAAGUCCAUGUUAGCCACAAUGGUGAAAAAUCAGAACCAGAUUAUUAAAGAAUCCUGCAAAUGAGUGUCUAUGGGAGUUUUGUAAUUCGUUCUGGUAGUUGUCUUGUAAAAUUGAAGACUUGCAUUGCUGCUAUCAAGUUCAAUUUCUUCUGUUACUUUAAAUUAAUAGAUGUGAUCUCUGAAAAAAAUCUGCUAAUAUUUAUUUUAUUGCUCCUUUAUUUGUGUUGUAGCAUUGGCAUAUGCAUGAGUAAAUAAAUCUUGCAUUAACACA